GCAUUGAAAAGUAUUUUGCAAUUAAAUAAAAAAAACUCACACUUUAUAGUAUUGAAAAAGGUUUUAAAAGUAAUUGCAUUCAACAUUAUUACCAGUAGUAGAGAAAACAGAAACGUCUUUGCCCUUUCUCUCUCUUUCUUCUCCAAACAAACUCUCUCUCUCUCUCUACAUUCAUUUCUCCUCAAUUUCACCCAAAUACGCAACCCCCUCCUGCAACAAAUUACAAAUUCAAUGGGCGGCUGCGGCGGCGGAGGAGGAGAAGAUAGCGGCGGAUGCAAGUGGCCGCCGUGGCUGGGGCCGCUGCUGGAGACAAGCUUCUUCGGUCAAUGCAAGCUGCACGCGGCGGCGGCGCACAAGAGCGAGUGCAAUAUGUUCUGCUUGGACUGCAUCAACGGACCCCUCUGUUCUCUCUGCCUCGAUUUUCACAAGGAUCACCGCCUUAUUCAGAUACGGAGAUCAUCGUACCAUGACGUAAUCAGGGUUUGUGAAAUUCAAAAGUAUCUGGAUAUAAGCGGCGUUCAGACGUACGUAAUCAACAGCGCUAAGAUUGUGUUUUUGAACCACCGCCCUCAGCCCCGCCCCGGCAAAGGCGUCACCAACACCUGCCUCGUCUGCCACCGCAGCCUCCUCGAUUCCUUCCAUUUCUGCUCCCUCGGCUGCAAGAUUGUAGGGACAUCGAAGAAUUUCGAGAUGAAGAUAAGAUCGGAUUCCGAUUCCGACGAGUGUACAAACGGGAUUAUCGCAAUGCACAAACAAAUCAUUCGAAACAAAAUCCAUAGCUUCACUCCAUCUACGCCGCCUCAGACUUCGAUGAUGAAUUACAGAAGCGCGAAAAGAAGAAAGGGCGUUCCUCACCGAUCUCCCACCGGAGGCCUUUUAAUGGAAUACUGAAAUCUUUCGGAUUUCAUUAUAAUGUACUUAGUUGAAUUUCGAACCCUCGUUUUUUUUUCUGUGGUCAAGAAUCCAGCAUAACGAGCUGUGGCAAUGGAAGCCGAUGCUGGAGAUGCAAAACCCGUUGUGCAGUAUUACCGUUUACGUAAUUAUAUGUGUAUAUAGAUAUAGCGAAAGGUAGAUGAAUAGGCAAAUAGUGUAUGUUAUAUAUAUAACAUAGUCAUACAAAGUUGGAGGGAAAAAGAGUUUGUAUAUGAAUAAUGUAAGAAAUCUGUGUACAAAGUUUCAAAUAAUAAUGUAAUAAUGUGUAUUUGUUUUGGUGUGUAGAUGAUGGUAAUGCAAUUUUUGUAUAUUUUUUUUUAUG